UUGCUGCUGUGACGCUCAUCAAAAACCCCAACUCAAAAACCCUAAUCUCUCUUCCUCUCUCGCAUCCUUUUGGUUUUUGCUAUGGCGGACGCUGUGAUAUCUGUGGAUAAACUUAAAGCUUUCUGGAGAUCUCAAGUUAACGAUGAAGAGAAUUGGGCUCUUAACGCGAAAUUACUCCGUGCUGUCGGGCUGUUUGCUGGUUCAAUUGUUUUGAUGCGAAAUUUUGGCGACCUCAUGGCUAUUUGAACAUGGAUUCCGGAUCUCUUCAACCUUCGAUGUUUCCUUCUAAUGUUUAGUUGUUACGUAUCGAACUUUUUCACUUUGUCAUAUUCGAUGAAUGCUUUUGUAGAGACAGAAAGAAGAAACCCAUCUUUCAUACAAUAAUUCUAUGAAUUAGGGUUCUUGAUCUUCCCUAUUUUGCAAAUGUUGCUAUUCUAUCUGCAAAAA